AAAGAGAGAGAGAGAGAAAGAGAGUGAGAGAGAGAGAGGGAGCGGGAGGGUGUACGAGCGAACGAGCCGUCUUGCGUGCCACGAGAGAUAGAGAGAGAGCAUCAGAGAGGGCCUAAAGUCGAGAGUUAGGAGUUGUGGCUCGUGGUUAGAUAGGAUGCGUGUGCCUGGGUGCGGUGUUCCACCACCACCCGACAGCCGACGGUUCAGCAACGACGAGAGUGCCAGCACUAGGAACAGCAACAACGUCGACAACAUCAACACCGUCAGCGUAGCAAGCGCGGAAACGGACGCACGGGUUAGCUGCGUAUCGAGGAACGCCGACAGGUGCGUGAUCGCGCGGGAUCAACGGAGGAAGACGGCUCGCGGCGACCGUUCGACGUCGAGCAGAUCGGCACGCGGCCACCAAUCGCAGUCGGACGACCGUCAGACGUCGGCGACAACGUGGAAGAGGCAGUCGGUCAGGCAGAAACGAAGGGAGAGACGUUCGCGUCCGGUAUUAAAAGCCUGGACCAGUUGCACGGAGGACUCCGAGGGACUCGAACUGUCCAGGGACACUUUGGCUAGCUGGUCCAGCACCCGGUGCACCGUUUAGAACCCGGUCCGAGUGACGACGAAGCCGUUUCAGAGGAUUAAUCGCGGCGAGAAGCUGGUCCGAAGAGAUAGUACUCGUUAAGGAUCAUCAUCGGCGGCCGAGCUGCCAGCUGCGACGGUCGUUUCACCGGUGAACGGGGACGUCCCGAACGACGUCAGGACGACGCUGUCGGCGAGCAUACGCUCGCUGGAGGACCGUCAGCGCGGUGCAAGCCGGCUUCAGCCUGUACCACAGCCGACGUCCCAGCUACUCAUGUUCAUCCCGGACACACUGAGGAGCUGCAUGGUGGAACCGGAUGUCUCUACUUACCUGCAGGCCCCUUCCGUAGGACAGGAUGAGUUCCAUCCAUUCAUUGAGGCCCUCCUACCAUUCGUGAAGUCUUUCUCGUACACGUGGUUCAACCUACAAGCCGCCAAGAGGCGUUACUACAAGAAACACGAGAAGCGGAUGAGUCUCGAAGAGGAACGUCAGUGCAAGGAGGAACUCCAGAAAAACCAUCCCUUGCAGCUGGAUCUAUCCAAUGACGUUCGCCCGAAAAUCACUGUACAGCCGGCCAAAACGUGGCAACCUGUUUCGCUUUUGUUUUAUCCUCUUUCCUGCGUUCUUUGGUCCUCUGUCAAUGGAUGGACUGUAGAAGAGGAAAAAGGAGAAGCAGGGACAGAAGAGGAGGAAGAAAUAACAGCGAGAGAACAAGAGCAGGAAGCAGUAGCUGCUGCGGAACAAGAAGAAGAGGAGGAAGAAGCUAUUAGCGAAAAAGAGGAAGAAGUUGUAGCAGCAGCAGAAAAGGAAGAAGAUGAGGAGGAGCGAGAAGUAGAAGAAGAUGAGGAAGAAGUUGUAGCAACAGCAGAAGAAGAAGAGGAAGAAGCUGUAGCAGCAGCAGAAGAAGAAGAAGACGACGAGAAGGAAGAAGCAGCACUAACAGAAGAAGAAGCUGCAACAGCAGCGGCAGAAGAGGAAGAAGAGGACGAAGAAGAAGCAGCAGCACCAACAGAAGAGGAAGAAGAAGAAAAA